UUUUUGUCUUCGCCAUUUUGGAUUGAAGUUGGCUCGAAUAGCAACAUAGCGAAAACUAGCAGGCCACCCUGCACCCACCGCGAGUUGAAGAAAGAAAGAACUGCUAGAUACAGGCUGUUCCCAUUAGUCACUAUCUUUGGACUAUGUCUUUUUCAUAAAUCGAGCAUCACUUUCUCCAUCCUACCGAUCCUCCUCCGCUUCCAGCAGAUCUGAGUGCUAACUGUUAGCCUGUUAGCUGAAGCUGCGCCGGCUGCCACAGCUAACCCCAGUCGGUCCGCCCCGGGCGAACAGUUAGCCUCUUUGUUAGCGAUUCAUCUAGUGAGGCGACCUGCUUGGAGGUUGUCUUCACACGAUUCAUACGGAGCAAUGUAUCAACUCCCAGUUAAUAACAUCACAAGAAUCAGGAGAGCCAGGAAGCAGGUGAAAAAAGCUCUUGGAGACAUUGGCCUUGAGUUCUGCCAGGAAGCAGCAAAGGAAUUCGAAGAGUUUUGCCCUGAUGAUCAGAUUGUACAGGAUAGUCUUUACAUUGACCUCUCUGCCUGGGAUCCGUCAUACUCCAGAACACAGGAAUACCGAUCAAAGCCAUUUUGCUGCUCCGAGUGUCCCUUUUCAUCCAAAUACUACUCAGGCUACAAGAAUCACUUCCGCAAUGUACACAGGGAAAUCUUUGAAGACAUUCUGCUUAAUUGUCCAUACUGCACAUUCACUGCAAGCAAAAGAACUAUGGACACACAUAUUAAAAUAUUCCACCAAGCCAGACCAUCACACCACAGUUAUGGGAAGUAUAAAAAUGCACAGCAAACUGCAUUUAAACAGAAGGAUAAGGCAUUUCUUGAUAGAGCCAGACAGAUGGAUGGUGUGGAGAGGGCAAUGUACUAUUGCAAAAAAUGCACAUUUCGAGACUCACUCUACAAUGUUGUUAGAAGACACAUCUAUAGAGAGCAUUUUCAGCACGUGGUCUCUCCAUAUCUUAGUAUGGUUCCUGAGUCAUCUGUCAAAAAUGGUGCUAGUUCUGUCAAUGGUAACAACAUCCUUUGUAAAUGCUGCCAGUUUUCCACUCGUAGUUAUGAGGCAUUAGUGCAGCAUGUUGUAGAGUACCAUGAGCGUAUUGGUGCACAAGUAACCACCAUGAUUGGACAUGCUAAUGUAAUGGUCUCUAGGGCUCAAGCUAUGCCAGUAGUAUCCCAGAAAGCCCCCCUAAUCGUUAAUAGGGCACAAACACUUACAUCUGAGGCAUCAGCAAAGCCAGUAAUUGGUUAUUUAAAGCCAGUGGCUCCUGUCACUCAAAAUCAUUCCCCCAUCGCAGCUCUACAGAUGCGUGGCAAAGCUACUGGCAACACUUCUUUGGCUGAAAAUAAUGCCACUGGUGUAAACACAGCCCAGACACAGAAAUGGAAGAUAUGCACAGUUUGCAAUGAGCUUUUUCCUGAAAAUCUCUACAGUGCUCAUUUUGAAACUGCUCACAAGGCAAAGAAAGUCUGGGCAAUGGCCAAAUACAUUAUGAAAAUCCACAAUUUUACCAGCAAGUGUUUGCUUUGCAACCGCUAUCUGCCCAGUGAUACGCUGCUGAACCAUGUGCUAAUCCAUGGACUCACUUGUCCAGAGUGUCACUCUGCUUUUCACAGCGUUGAAAAACUGAUUGAGCACGGAAGGCAGACUCACGCCGGCGACUUUGGCGGCCCCCCUGGUGCGUCACCUUUAACCUUUGAUCUCACUGUCAAAGGAGAUAAAUCCUGUAAUGUGCAGCUGCUUGUACUAACCUUUAACACAAAGGACACUGUCAAUGGUCAAGAUGAUUCUGUACAAGGACAUAAUAGUGUUGUAGCUCCAGUUAGAUUAACAACUCCCUCAAUGAUGGAGAAAAAGAACCAAGCUCUGGCUAGAAGUAUGAUGCCAUCACCACUGUCUGGUCAAGGUGGGGUUGGGAAGACAUUGUGCCCACUGUGUUUCACCAUCCUCAGAGGUCCCAUCUCUGAUGCUUUGUCCAUGCAUCUGAGGGAGCGGCAUCAAGUGCUCCAAACAAUGCAUCCUGUUGAAAGAAAGAUGACAUACAAGUGCAUUCAUUGCCUGGGCGUGUAUACGAGUAACAUGGUGGCCUCCACAAUCACCCUGCAUCUUGUGCAGUGCAGGGCUGUGGGAAGAAACCAGGUGGGCUUAAAGUCUCCCUUAACUCUUAGUGCAUCUGGGGUUGGCUUGCUCAAACGACAACUUCCAAUGCAGACUACAUUCAAUGCCAAGAAGCUUCACCUGAGCAAAGGCAUGAAGACAGCUCCUGUUGCAGUUGGAAAUCAAGCACAAUCUGGCCUUGUCCUGGAUCCUACCAGUUUUGAGCACAAAACGUAUGAGUCAAGAAAAGAGUUCCUGACAGCGUACUUUAACCAGUGUCCAUACCCUUCUGCCCAGGAACAGGAGAAGCUGUCUUCUAGUCUGUGGCUGUGGAAGUCAGACAUUGCUAGCCACUUUGCAAACAAGCGAAGGAUGUGUGAGAAACAUUGCGAAACAGACAAACUUUCUGUGCUGCUUGGCUUUGAUAUGGAUAGUCUCAAGCGAGUUAAGCAUGACUUGAUUUUUGAAGAGAGAGGACCUAGUGCUCAAUCGGUGCAGCAGCCUGCAGAAAUCAAGUCUCCUAAUGUAAACACAGGCCAAAAGAAGCAAAGUGAGAUGCUAAACUGUACCUUAAAACUUAGCACAUGCACAGAGACCAUUUCCAUUGACUCAGACAGUGAACCAGAAAUAGAGAGCACUGCACAGAAUGGCAGCGUCGAAACCAACCAGGAUAAUAUAGAAGAGACGAAAAAUGAGGCUGAAGAGAGUCAGCCUGUGGAAACAGAUGAUCCUAGACAAGAGAGCUCAAUAAAUCCAAACACUUGGAUGGCUGCCUGUUAGUAACCCGGCUUAGCAGUUUGCCUUGGCUAAGUAUCAGGUCAGUAAAUAUGCACAUAAUAGUCUCAGAAAAUAAGAUGUAGGUUCAUUGGCAGGAUUGAACUGACAACCUCGAGUUAAUAAAAUACUUAAUAAAAAAGGACAAACAGUUACCGUGUGGCAUAUUUGACUGUAUAUACUUAAAUUGUUUGUUUUCUUCAUACAACCUGUGUUCACUGGUUUACUAUCACGAGUUAUGACACCAUUCAGCCAGCCUUCCCUCCAUAGUGUUUUUUUAUUUCCUCUGCUGUGAUGAACUGUAUUCUAUUGUUAUUUCACAUUUAAAAAGUGUAGGAUAUGCUUAUGUACACAUUUUAAUAAAAACGUUUCUUAAAUAAUGCUUCA